UGCAUUUCCUAUGAUAUAUCUUAUUAUUCUUUUUCCUACCAGUAUGAUUCGCAUGGUUUUUUGAGGAAAUGCUCAUGAUGAAAUUCGAGCUCGUGAUACAUUGACCAAACUAUUGACUCUGGCCUUCAACAAAACCGUCGAGUCUCUUUUGAAUAAAUCUACUCUUCGUCCUGAUCUCUUGCUAUGCAUUGUCCUCCUCCUUAGGGUUCCCGUUGUUUGCCGAUUUGAUGCUGCAUUGGUAUCGACUUUAUCGCUAUCUCAGCAAGAUGUCAUUUUCGAUAACGAGAAAUUGGAAACUUUUAGGUGUUUCUCCGAAUCGGAUCCAUUUGAGUAUCCAGUCAGCUACGGACAAAUAGCCGAUCACCUAUCCGAACUUGCUGAAGAGAGAACUGACGCCAAGAUUUCGACAUCCAGUAUGUCCCUUAAGUGUCAUAGCAUCAUUUUUGCAAUAUUUUUGCUGUGCACUCUCGCUGACCAUCUACUCAGACAGCAAUGAAU